AUGGGAUCUAUCCUCGCUACUCGGUGCCGUAAUCUCCCAGACCCAUCAGUCACCUGCCUCGAUAAUGAGAUUGAUAAAGGAAAGGAUCAACGCACAUACUUCCAUAAAGUGUCUUUUAUCUCUGACCUUCCUGUUGGUGGCAUUCUACUCAUCCCCCUCCUCUCCCCGCUUGCUGGUAAUCCAAUGCAGCGUGCUACUUGUACCGGCCUACGAAUCAGGUCACCCUCUGACGCUCGGGUGAUAUUCCACGCCGUCUUGAUGAAUAUCUUGCCAAUGGUCACUCGACGGCUGGACACUGAAGAGCGUGCUUUGAUCACUCCCGGAUCGGUAUAUGUUUGGGAAGAGCGGGGACCGCAUGCAGAGCUGACUGGGGUUGGUAUAGAACGCUGGACGGAUGGCAUUCGAUGGGGCCCCUCCCGCGUCAGAGAGGGUUUCUUAUUCUACCAUGAAAAACAAGAUCACCACAACCUCUACUCCGACUCUGUUUAUGACCCCCACAAUGUUUCGGCCCGUCGUAGGGACUCUUCUUGGGCGAUCCUGAUUAAACAGACAUAUACAGUAUUCGUUGAAACCCCGCAAGGGCAGCGGAAAUGGCACCUGAUUGCUUACUUCACCGAAGAGUCUCUCGAGCACCUUCAAUGUGUCGACGAUCUACCGCAUCUCGCAUCCCUUCCCGUCCCUCAUGGACGGUACAAGAGUGCAAGGUCCUCGAAAGGCAGACCAGAAUACAUCUUUAGUGGAGAUCAACAACCUAGUGGCUCAAUCUCACCUAUCGAAUACAUUUCCUAUGCACCAGAUAGAUCGUCGUCACCAUCGUCGUCCUCGAGGGAGUCACCUAAUUCACCAAAAUGGCACGAUAGGGAACAGGCGCAUGGCGGAUAUCCAUUGGGCCUUUUCCCCCCUCCUAGCCCGCAGAGUCCGGCGCACGGACAUGAUCGACGGGUUCAUCGCGGAGCAGAAAACUUGGCGCCAUUAGUGUAUUUACAGGCAAUAUCACCCCCGCGACGAUACCCUGAGGAUGAGAAGACUUUGAAACUCCUUGCAUCCGGUCCGAGAACUCAGACAACUAUUCUUUAGAACGCCCGUUCCUGGGGCUGGCAUCCGGCGAAUAUUUAUCUAGUGGUAUUUAUUGUAUCGCGCACUGUAUUCGUAUGAUCAUUUUUCUAGACUGUUCUGCACUGACGUACGUAUCAUUUGUACUUUAUUCGUAUACCCGAAAUCAGACUGCCGUGAAC